GUCCAUCUCAAUUAUACAUUUUUUUUUGUUUUAAAAUCCCCUGUCAUAAUAACACGAAUAAACGAGAAAAAAUAAUCAUAACUUUCGUGAAACCGCACUGAUAAAUCACCGGUCAAAAUGCCUAAAGAAUUGCCGAGUGAUAUGUUGAACGAUUCAAUGAAGGAAUGUGUCUUCAAGAAAAAAAACAUUGACGCCUUUAAAGAACUCACUAAGAAAACCCAUUUUACUGCCAGAGAGAUCGAAGCCCUUUCCCUCAUUCAUUGGAAAAUUACAAAGGAAAUUGGAUCGAUGCAUAGAUUAGGAUUCAGAGAUAUUUUACACGCAGGACUAGAUUUUACAGAAAAUUACCUUAUUGACAGAAUAUUUUCUGCUUUUGAUAAAAGAAAUGAUCUUGCUGUCACAAUGGAUUCCUGGAAUAUAGGAUUCUCCGAAGUUUUGCGAGGAACCCUUGACGAAAAAAUAAAAUUUGGAUACCGAGUUUAUGACUUAAUGAGAACAAAUAAAAUAAGAAGAGAGUCUAUAUUUCCAAUGAUGAGAGGUUGUUUGAUCAAACAACAACCGGACGAAGAUCCAGAGGAAGCUGUUAAAGAUUUGAUAGACCUGCUCUUAAAAAAAGUUGACACUGAUCGAGAUGGUAAAGUCUCAGAGGAAGAUUAUAGUUCAACCGUGAAGGAAAAAAAUCUGCUCUUUCUCCAAUGUAUGGGCCCAGUCUUCCCCUCAAGAGAAUCAAGGUAUGCCUUCCUCACAACGUUCACUACCGAAACUGGUCGAUUUUAAGAAUCAUACAGGUAGUCAAAAUAGCUGAGACAGAGUAAAUGUUGGCUUCGUGUGCUCAGUAUCCAAUCAUAGACAGUAUAUGCGAUGUAAAUUUAUAUUUUCAAUGAAUAUUUGAAAUUUCGAUAGAUUAUUUAUGAUGUUCGAAUAAACAUUACAUACGA